AUGGACGCGAAGUUGAUGGAUGAUGCAGAGCAGGAAGCAGAGGAGGAGCAGGCGGCGCACGCGGCGUUCGACGGCGAGAUGGAACACCGCAGGGAGGCGGCCGCCGCAGAGGACGACUCCUCCGAUAUUGAUGUGUCCUCUGAUGAUCCUAAUGAGGCUACCCCGGAGGAGUGGGCGACGGAGCAGAGGAUGUUAGUCGUCUCCUUCGAGAUGCUCAAGAAGGCCGAGGAUGCUGCGAAUGAGGCGCUGCGGCAGCGCCUGCAAGAUGACGUGGAGGCUCACCGAGCUCUAGCGUCCGCAUGGCGGGUGGUGGAAAAAAGCGCCAAGCAUUCCUCGCUUGAUGAACUAUCUGCCAAGGUCAAGGUGCUUGAGGCGGAGAACGAGUCCCUCAGAAACUUCAUGAAAGAAUCCUCAAGCAAAGAGACUGAGGCGAGGAAGGAGCUCUCCGAGAAGCAUGCCCGUGAGCAGGCGGAGCUGAUUGACAAGCUGGAGAAAAGCCAGGGCCGCGUGAUCUCCACAAUUGCCAAGAACAAAGCCCUGGAAGCGGAGGCGGAAGCCAUUGACAAGCUUAUCUUCCCAAGCCUUGGCUUUGAGUGGACAAAAGAUUCAAACCUGACGAGGACGGAGGCGUACGAUGAAGCGCGGAUGUCAAUUGAUGCGCUGUUUGAAGCCUGUCGCGGAAUCGCCACGGCUCUGUCGCUAAAGAAGGCCAAAACCACAGUCAUCGAUACGAUGACCAAACUUAUGCGACAGGUGCCGGAGUUCAUCAAGGACUGGCAGAAGUCUUCAGCGCGCGGAGCCGCCUCCUUAGUCCUGGCCACCUGCAAGGCUUUCUUCCCCUCACUCAACCUGGCGCAAGUUGCACGCGGAGCCCCCGAGAGUUCCGACAUGAGUGUAGAUACUACAUACCGUAAGCCAAAGAAGCAGAAUAUUCCAGCUGAAAACGAUAUUUGGUCUCCUCCUGAUGAUUUUCUAAAAGCAAUGCAGAUAGAGCAUUUAGGCAGUCAACCAGAUUAG